GACAGGAAGUGAGGUCCCGCUCACCGCCCGCAGGCGCAGUUUUUCUGCCGGCCCGCGUAGCAACCGGCAGCCGCGCGCAACGCGAAGAGGGAAAAAGUGAUAGUUAAGCACCAGCCAAUCUAUCAGCUGUCCCUCACAGCAAGCAACUUUUCUUCUCACCUACAUCUUCUUCAUCUCUGUCGCCUCUCAUCACAUACGCUGACCGGACAACCUAUCUCUUCUUUGUACCAAUAGCGAAACCUCCCCUGACCGCCUCUCCACCAUGGAGAGCUUCGAUAACAUCUACCUCGACCUCUCGAAACAACCGGGAAAGUGCAAGCUCGCGGAGAGCGGCUUGGGAUGGAAACCCUCGGGCGGAGGCGAGACGUUUACUCUGGAUAGCAGCAAUGUCGGCGCCGCUCAAUGGAGUCGAGCUUCGAAGGGUUUUGAGCUGAAGAUCCUGUCGCGGUCUUCGGGUGUUAUUCAGCUGGAUGGUUUUGAUCAGGAGGACUUCGAACGAUUGUCCAAGGCCUUCAAAAUCUGGUACGGCAUCAACAUCGAAAGCAGAGAACAUGCGCUCCGCGGCUGGAACUGGGGUAAGGCGGAUUUCGCAAAGGCCGAGCUCAGCUUCAACGUCCAGAACCGCCCCGCGUUCGAAAUCCCUUACUCCGAGAUCUCCAACACGAACCUGGCGGGUAAGAACGAGGUCGCCGUCGAGUUCUCCCUCCCCGCCGAGAACGAGCCCAAGAGCCAGCCGGCGGGCAGCACGAAAAACAGGGGCCGGAAGGCGGCCGCCGGGCCGGACGAGCUGGUCGAGAUGCGAUUCUACAUCCCCGGUACGGUGGUGAAGACGGAGAAGGGCAUCAAGGAGGAGAACGGCGAGGAGAAGGCUGAGGGUGAAGAAGGGGAGGAGGAAGAGGAGGGCGGCGAGGAGCAGAAUGCCGCGAACCUCUUCUACGAGAUGCUCAUGGAGAAGGCGGAGAUUGGCGAUGUGGCUGGCGAUACGUUUGCCACUUUCUUGGAUGUGCUGCAUCUUACGCCCAGAGGUCGUUUCGAUAUCGACAUGUACGAGGCGUCUUUCCGGUUACGUGGCAAAACGUACGACUACAAGAUUCAAUACGCUUCGAUCAAGAAAUUCUUCUUGCUUCCUAAGAACGACGACACGCAUACGCUCAUUGUUUUGGGUCUCGAUCCUCCAUUGCGCCAGGGACAGACCCGGUACCCGUUCCUGGUCAUGCAGCUGAAAUUGGAUGAGGAGAUCAGCUUGGAGCUGAACAUGACAGAGUGAGUUAAAUUCAAGGUGUGGGGAUGUUUGAAUGAUCGUCUGACUUCUCCAGUGAAUUGUUGGAGACGCGCUACA